GAGCAAGGUAGUAUGUCUUCAUUAUAGGUUCGAGUCGGUGGCGUAAUAGGUUCAGUUUGUUUGGGAAUUGUCAGAGUGAAGUAGUGUAACGCAUAGAUAUGAAAUAACAGUAUUGUAUUGAUGAGUCCGUGAAGGAGAGUCCUUCCGCUUCGCCCGGUUAUAUAUUUUUACAGAAAUAUAACUUUGUCCUUUUAAAUCAAAAGGCAAUAUAAACGCGGCGAUGGAGGAUAAAAAGGAGGAGGGGGAAGCGGAGAUCCAAGAACACGGUCCCGAGCACUGGUUCUCGAAAUGGGAGCGGCAGUGUUUGGCUGAGGCCGAGCAGGAGGAACCGAAUGAAGAAGAGGCCGAUCCGGGCCAACAAAAACUGUGGCACCUCUUCCAGAACUCCGCAACUGCUGUCGCGCAGCUUUAUAAAGACCGAGUGUGCCAACAGCAGGGCCUUUCACUCUGGGUACCAUUUCAGAAUGCUGCCACAGCUGUCACCAAUCUAUAUAAAGAAAGCGUGGAAGCUCAUCAGAGGAGUUACGACUUGGGAAUUCAGAUCGGCUACCAGCGCCGCAACAAGGACGUACUGGCCUGGGUGAAAAAGCGCAGGAGGACCAUUCGCAGGGAGGACUUGAUCAGUUUCCUGUGUGGGAAAGCCCCCCCACCAAGGACUUCCAGAGCCCCCCCGAAACUGACUGUCGUGCCUCCGAGCCGGGCCCCUUCCACGGAAACGAGCUCGUCCGUAGAGACUGAUUUACAGCCUUUUCGAGAAGCCAUAGCGUUGCAUGGUUUGAGCGGAGCAAUGGCGAGCAUAAGCGUGCGGUCCAGUACCCCGGGGUCUCCUACCCACGUGGGCAGUGGCUCCAACCCCAGCCGCAGGAGAAAUGGACUCCACGACGUGGACUUGAACACUUUCAUAUCAGAGGAGAUGGCACUCCACCUGGACAACGGUGGAACCAGGAAGCGGACCUCAGCCCAGUGUGGCGACGUCAUCACAGACUCCCCGACCCAUAAACGCAACCGAAUGAUCUGAGCGGAGUUUCUCAGUGAUGCACUGUGCUGCUUAAAAUAAAAGCCACUUAAUCCUCAGCACAUUUUUAUCCCCACCCCCACACCCCCCAUCCUUAAGGAAACAAGGGCCAUCAUUGAUGCCAUUUCCAAGAGUAGUGAGAUCAGUAAUGAUUGGACCAUGUCACUAAUGUUUUGGUCACUCAGAAUGUCUGUUAGUACUUAGCAAGUUCAUUAAAGGUGAACAUUUCCAGGUUUAAGGUUGAAUUACUUGUGUCCAGUCCCAUGGGUCAGAUGUUUGAACGCGAUUACUCUUAUGUUACUCCUGCUUUGUUGGGUCACCAAAACCCCCCAUUCCCGCAGCUUUGCCACCUACCAUAUUAAGUUAUAUCUGCAGCAUGAGACUGAUUCCCAGGCCCCUGUGUGACACCACUUGACAGAAUAUUGGACUUUGUGAGACUGGUCUCUCCCACAAAAUUUGAUUUUGUCUUGUUUUAGUUCCAGCCGUCGCCCAUUCUUCUCUUGUGACAUAGUACCAGGCGCCAUAAUGGUCACGCACUUAGUAUUCCAGUAUGGCCUAAUAUUCAUUUCUCCAUCGCCCUCCAAAAUAACAUGAUACCGGAUGUCUCCCCUCAUGGAUAAUCCUAGACUUAAUUUUUUGUGAGUAAAUAAUGUAUAUACUUACCAUUUAGGUGCUGGUAUGAUAUAUGUGGUACUUCUUGUAAAAGAAAAGGUGCAAAGCGUUGAAUAGGUAUUCAUGUAUAACGAUGAUUCUUGCAUUAAACCAAGCUUUUAACUUUGUCUUCAGGUAUCCUUGAAACUUGCUCUGCUGUCCGUUGAUCUUGUAUAGUGGCAAUUUGUCUAGGCUUUCCCCACUUCUGGGGAAGGAUCGGAUUUUGUGAGCGACGACACCCUCCCCCCCCCCCCCCCCCACGCAUCACAAGCAGGCAUCACAAAAACCUCUGGUGGGGGGGCGGGGUAGGGCUUGCAGAUGCACACUGAGGAUUAGCUCAGCACUAUAAAGUUUUUCACUUUUUUUCUUUUAAAGAGGCAAUAUUUAAACUGAUUAAGCUUGAAAAAUAAAUUUGUUCAAGUC